UCAUCCUCAUGCUGGUUUGGUUUGGUGGAACAGAAAAAGAAGUAAAUAAUGGAAGGGACGGAGAAAAAUCAGAAGAUGACAGAGAAGAAGCUUUGCAGGCGAUGUAAACAGACAUACGAUAUUUCUACUAAUAACUCUUCAUCUUGCAGGUUCCAUCCUUCCUUUUUCGUUUCCAGAAGACAUGACGAUCAAAAGAGGUACUACGAACUAGGGCCAGAUGAUCCUCCUUAUGCUGCCAAGUUCUAUGACUGUUGUGGAGAUGAGGAUCCUGAUGCAAUUGGCUGCACCACCAGUGUUCACGUUUCUUACGACGAUUAGUUCCCUGAUCACUCUGAAGCCUUUUUUUCGUCAUUUUCGUUUGCUAGAGCAGAAAAUGUAAUAAUGUACAUAUUUUAUAUCUUUAUGCAUACCAAAAAGUUUAUCA